UCUAAACAGUAAAACACACACAAAGUCAUGGCAUCGAGGUAAUGUUAUUAUAUAUGUUUUGAAACGAAAUCAGUCACAGCUGAGACGCGAAAGUGUACUGGUAAUAUAGAGACUGGUUUGGAUGCGAUAACGAACGUUUUAAACUUUCAUUAUUAUAUAUAAACAUUUAUUUUUCUCGUCUAGUUUAAAUAAAAAUUUAAUAAUUAAAAAUAUAUAUAUAUAUAAAGACUUUUGUGCGGUACUGUAAAGAAAAAGUCAAGACAAUAAUCAAUUAAAUAAUGAAAACAAAAGCAUAUAACGAUAAACUGAUAUAUAUCAUAUCAUAUAACAAAAAAAAAUAUAAUUUCGAGAGCUUCCUUAUAUUGCAAGAGUAUAUUUCUUAUGGUUAUAAUAAAUAUUUAGAAGACCUGUGCAAAUUUUAUUAUCCGCCGGUUUCUGUUAAUCAUUACAUCAGUUCUGUAAAGAAGACAUAUUUUAAUUGAUAAAAGAAUGGCUAGUUUUAAAAUUUCCGCACCGGGUAGAAUUUUCUUAUCCGGAGAACACACAGUAUUAUAUGGAAAAAAGUUUCUUAUGACCAGCUUAAAUCUUCGUACCAUUCUCGAAUUCUACGAACUACCUAACACGCCAGAAAACAAUAUUAAAAUAGAGCUCGAUAAUAUUAAUUUAAAACGAGAUAUAUCUUUCGAAAAUGUUAAAUGCUUCUUUUUUUGUUCUGAUGUUAAAAACAUAAUUUCAAAUUCACUGAAUUUGCAUGCAUACGUGAGACACUGGGUCACCGUAAAACGUAUGUGGACAACACACCAGGAGCUACGUAGCUUACAGAUAUUCUUUUUCUUGCUUUAUUCUAUUCUUCACAACGAAUAUCUCACGAUAAGACCUUUUCGCAUAAAAGUGUCCUCGAAUAUACCCAUCAGAGCAGGUCUUGGCAGCUCGACAUCGUUCGCGGUUUGUCUCGCAGCGUGCUUUCUUCAUUGGAAGCAUCUACAAAACGGUAAUCACACUAUUAAAUUUAAUAAUGCUGAAUUAGAGACGAUUAAAAGAUACACUGAAACCUGCGAAAAAAGUAUGGAAAUAUAUGCAUUUGGGGUCGAUGCCCAUGUUUGUACAUACGGCCAAAUGGUAAUAUGUCAACAUAGCGAUUACAUAGAAUAUAAAAUAACAGAUUCCACGGAUAUGGCAGAAAUAGCAAUUCUACUGAUCGACUCAAAUUUUUAUAAAAAUAAGUGCUUACAUGCGGAACAAAUGGCAAAGCUGAUGGCUACGAGUCUCUUAUUUGAUUCUAUAUUAUAUGAAUUAGAACUCUUGGCAUUAUCUAUGUUUAAGUAUUUUAAGUCACUAAAUGAUAUCAUCAGACAGAAGAAAUCUUCAUUUAAACUUUCUCGUGAACACAUUACAAAGAUUAAUUUCACAUCAUGCAUUGAGAAGAAUCAAGAAUUAUUAACUAAAUAUAAUUUGUCGGCUAAGGCAUUUGAAAAUGUUUCCAAGAUUGCAAGGAAGUUUAAUUUAAUGGGAAAACUUACAGGUUUUGGAGGUAAAUAUGUAUUCGUUCUGAUACCACCAAACGUUCGUAGUGGUAAAUUCAGGAAUUUUAAGGAGCUGUUGAAUGAAAACGGUUUCAAUAUCCAAACAGGGACCUCCAUUAAUUGUAGUGGAGUGAGAAUUAUUAAUUGAUUAUAUCAAAAUUAUCACGAUUAUAAAUAAUUAAAUAAUAGCAAUUAUAUAAUUGUAAAAGCAAUUAACAAGAUUAUUCGGAAACAAAAUUUUUCUAAAUGUUUAAUUUCUUAUUAGGUAAUAACGUUAUAUAAUUCAUAAGCGACAAUUAAUAAAUACGAUGUAAAUCUCUCAAUUAUCGUAUGUUCUACUUUUUGACACAUAGAGAACAAAUUUAAAUAAACUAUACAUAAAAAUAUUUUCGAUAUACUUUAGUAUUAUUGAAACAAGUGGUAUACGAAAAGAUUAAUUGAUUUUAUAAACACUUGAAGGAAUUUA